GCAUGCUCACUCGGCAACAAAGGUGCAGGGCUGGAGAUCCAGUGCGGCAGCAAGACAACUGCAUCUCUGGGAGAAACGAGGGGAGGGAAUGGUAAACGGUAUCGGUUAUUUUGGGAAGGGGUGAAAUAGGUGUUUAGGAAACAAGCCAUCCGCGGUCAAAGUAUCAAAAAGUGGACGGAUUUCUAGAGUUAGUCCAGUCGAAAAUCAGUUUUUUUCUUUAAAACCUGGCCAAGUCUGACGGACGGUUACCGUUUCAACUGGUAGAAGAAUGGAUGAAAAACACCAGGUCUAGUGGUCCUUUGUAUCGAAUAAAAAUAAUAAUAAUAAAAACACACCGGCGUCCAGGACAACAUUUUAUGACUGAAAGCUCAGGUGAAAAACCACCGGGAAGGUUUCUCCUCUCUCCAGUUUCCAACCUUUGUCUUCCACGGACGGAGACCUACAACAGUGGGAUGCUUGCGUCUCGUGCCGCCUUGUAGGGUUUAACUGAGAAUUAUGGGCGAAGUUCAGGAAGACAAGGGUGUGAAGAAGAUAUUCAAUGCACCAUCCAUUCAAUCUUUUGAGUACUAUGACUUCUCCAGAGCCAAAAUCUGCUCCAGCCUGACAUGGCUUGUGGCUAAAGCCUAUGGGACAGACAGCAUCCCCACAGACUUGAAGAACCCUUUCUACACUGACCAGUAUGAACAGGAGCAUCUGAAACCUCCGGUGGCCAGCCUCCUGCUCUCUGCAGAUCUCUACUGCAGGGCGGGCAGCCUCAUCCUGAGGAAUGAUGCUGCCAAGCCGCUGCUGGGUCACGACGCCGUCAUCCAAGCGCUGGCCCAGCGGGGUCUCUAUGUCACCGACCAGGACAGACUGGUCACUGAGAGGGACCUACGGAAGAGGCCUCUGCAAAUGAGUGCCCACUUGGCAAUGAUCGACACUCUUAUGAUGGCAUACACGGUGGAGACGGCGAGUGUGGAGAAGGUGACGGCCUGCAUUCGUCAGUAUUCAUCAUACAACCCUGAGGUGGAUUCGCCGUAUGACACGGAGGACGCAGUGACUUCCUGGAUUAACACGGUGAAUGAAUGUCUGAAGGAAGUUGUUGCCCAUGAGCAGAAAAAGGAGACGCAGAGUUCGGAGCCAGCUGGGAGUCCUCGGUCUCCAACUAAGUGGUACAUGAAGCUUGUGCCUGCUCGCUAUAGGAAAGAGCAGGCCUCUACCCAGAAUUCUCUAUGGAUUCCACCAGUGGACAACCUAUUGAAAGACACCACAGAUGGUUCAGCUCUGGCUGCUCUGAUCCACUUUUACUGCCCUCAAGUCCUACCACUACAAGACAUCUGCCUGAAGGAGAACAUGUCUCUGGCUGAUCGACUGUACAAUCUUCAGCUCAUACAAGACUUCUGCAAAGACAACCUGAACAGCUGCUGCCACUUCAGCUUGGAGGACAUGCUCUACGCCUCCUCCACUAUCAAGAGCAACUACCUUGUGUUCCUGGCCGAGCUUUUUUGGUGGUUUGAGGUCGUCACGCCAUCUUUUGUGAAGCCAAGAAUCAUGGACAUUGAAGAGCCCUCAUCUUUGAUCAAAAAUUUGCCAGCGGUUUCUAAAGCAACUAAAAGAAGUUUUAUGGAGAGGCCUCCAAGUCCUGAAAGACCCAGCUUACCCCUCAGACCACAAACGGGAAACUCAGGAGAAAUUAAGAGGUCAACCUCAAUGUCUUUUGUCGAUGGUAAUCUUGGCACCUGGCCCAAGGAGAAAAGGUCUGGGCCGUAUGGCGUGUCUUUUGACAUCCCUUUUGACAGAGAGGACUCUGCUUCCGCUCCUCUUUCCUCACGUGGCAUGGUCCGGUCCAUCAGCACUGAUGAUGGUUCGAGUUUUAAAGUUCACCAUAUGCCCCGAGGAAUGAAGCGCAACCUGUCCUUUCAGCCAGUUAAUGGUCAGAGUGUUGGCAUUGAUGAGGAGGGCUGCCCAGACAGCCUAGCAGGCAUACAGCCUAUCAGGCGAGAAUACCCCAACAGACAUGGUAGAGAAUUGGAAAAAGCUCCUUCUGUGGAAGAAGCCCUCCAGAUCAUCCACAGCCCCAGUAGGCCACCUGUAGAAGGUGUCAGUAAUGGAUUUUUUCUGCACAGUCAGAGCCAGGGAGCCGCUGUUGGUGGCUUGGACCCAGUAUCAGAAUUGGACUCCAAAGACCCUUUGAGCCCUACAGAAACCACAGAGGUGGACACUGGCAUCCAUAUUAGAACAGAGGACAUGCUGGAUGAAGAUUCCUCUCUGAAAGAUUGCUCUGUGAACAUGGAGCUAGAUGUGGAGACACCAAGCCCCAGUCCAAGCAGUCAGAGCAAAUCUCCCUCAGCAGUAAAGUUGACCAGCUUUGCUGAGCAGAAGAUGAGGAAGCUCAGUCCGUCAGCCCAGGAUUCAGGCAGAGGCAGCAGCAGCUCCAUGAAAACUACACCAGAAGGCUCCGAGUUUGGCCUUCCAUUAUCUGUCUCCUGGGCUCCAACCCCUGAGCACAGCCCUAUCCAUCAACAAGCAGCAACGCCCGCUGCUACACACCCAUCCCCUACACCAGUCCAGCUUCCCCCCAACGAUCCAGCUCAAGUCAUGGCUACAGAGAUGGUACAUCUGAGGAUGAGGCUGGAGGAGAAACGGAAAGCCAUUGAAGCGCAGAAGAAGAAAGUAGAAGCUGCUUUUACAAGACAUAGGCAAAAAAUGGGUCACUCUGCGUUCCUGAAUGUAGUGAAGAGGAAAGGUGAUGGGGCUGAAGGAGUAAAAACUGAGGGAGAAGGAAAGUCAGCGAGCACAAGUCCCACCUUUAAAUUUGGAAGGAACAUGGCAGACAGCCCUGAUGGAGCUGAACAAAACAGCAAAGCCUCUUGUUGGCAGAAAUCACCAGGUGCAGGUGAAGAACAAAGCCAUUCUCAUGUAACUGAAGUGGAUCUCUCCGAGUACACACGAUCAAUUGAGAAGCUCAAUCAUUCUUUAGCCUUCCUCCAGGCUGAAAUGCAGCGGCUAGCACACCAACAGGAAGUCAUCAUGGCCAUGAGAGAGCAGCAGCAUCAACAAGCGUGGGUCAUCCCUCCUUCAUAUGCCAACCCCUCACCACAGAAACACACUCGAGCCGUCAUCAGGUCCUCCGGACCCUCUUCUCCUGCCGACUCACCUCGUUCCACUCAUUGCUCUCCAACUAACAUCAAGCGCAAAUCUGCGUCGUUCCACUCACGUAAUCCUCGUGCCGCUCGACCAAGUGAGCUCAAGUUGACCCCUUACAACCGAGUUCUAACAGCCCCACAAUCUGUCGAUAGCAUCCCAAGGCUGCGCAGAUUUUCUCCCUGCCAGCCAUUAGUAAGCGCAUUCAUUUACAUGGGAGAGAAGCCGGCAGCUGCCAGUCCAGAGACAGUCGCCCCUCAUGAGGAUCAUAGCAAAGAGACAGACUCAGGCUUGUCUCCAGAGAAGGAAAUGCCACAUGUUUUUGCUGCCAGUUCCCCACCUAGUUCCCCCAACAUGCAGAGAAAAGGAGAACAAACUGAGGUGGAUGGAGAUGAGCAAACCCAGGAGGGAGAGAAUCCCAACCUAUCCAGCAUCCCUGACAUUAAAAAAGAUGGCCUAAAUGACAGAGUUCAGAACUCAUUUCUAGAACCCAAACCUACUGUGGAGUUCCCAGAGGUUCUGGCCCUCCCAGUGGUAGAGACCUUUACGGUGACACCCACAGAGAUCCCUUCUCAGCCACAACCUUCUAGCCCAGCCAAAAGCGGUUUAAUUGAAGUCGCACUCGCGGUCACGGAGCUCCCAGAGGUUCUGACAAUGGAGGAUGCUUUGGAGGCGGAGCAAGACAGUUUCGAGAGUGUAGAUGAAGAGCAGAAGAUGUGUCAUGGUUUCUUCUUCAAGGAGGAUGGAAAGGCAGAGGAGAACAUGGCACAGAAAAGAGCUGCACUGCUGGAGAAAAGGAUGAGAAGAGAAAAAGAGAACCAGCAGAGGAAGAUGCAGCUGGAGGCAGAGUUGGAGCAGAAAAAGGAGGAAGCUCGACUGAAAGCAGAAGAGGAGCGUGUCAGAAAGGAGGAAGACAAAGCCAGGAAGGAGUUCAUCAAGCAGGAAUACCUUCGGCGGAAGCAGCUGAAGCUGAUGGAGGACAUGGACUCCAUCAUCAAACCUCGAGCAGGUGGUGGAACCAAGCAGAGGCGAAGCCGACCCAAGUCCAUGCAUCGUGACAGCAUUGAUUCCCCUAAAACGCCUAGGCGAGCAGCCACAGUCUCCAGUUUGUCUCUAGCGUCCCUCACUCUGGGCGACAGCGAUAGUGCUCAGUCCGACAAGAGAGCAUCAAGGCCUGAAUCUGCAGACGACUUCCUGUCCCAAAGUCGCUCCAGCAGCAGGAAUGGAGAAAGAGACUGGGAAAAUGCCUCUACCACCUCAUCUGUUACAUCCAAUACGGAAUAUACGGGACCAAAGUUGUACAAGGAGCCGAGUGCCAAAUCUAACAAGCACAUUAUCCAGAAUGCUCUGGCUCACUGCUGCCUCGCAGGCAAGGUCAAUGAAGGGCAAAAGAACAAGAUCCUUGAGGAAAUGGACAAAUCCGAGGCCAACAACUUCUUGGUUUUGUUCCGAGAUGCAGGUUGCCAGUUCCGUGCUCUCUACACGUACUGCCCCGAAACAGAAGAGAUGACCAAACUGACGGGCAUCGGGCCCAAGGGCAUCACGCGCAAGAUGAUAGACGGGCUCUACAAGUACAACUCAGACAAGAAGCAGUUCAGUCAAAUACCAGCCAAGACCAUGUCAGCCAGUGUGGAUGCCGUGACCAUCCACAACCACCUGUGGCAAACCAAGAGACCAGUCACCCCGAAAAAAGUAGUGCCUGCACCCUCCUAGUCGACCUUGAUCCAACAACCAUGACCAUCUCCUCAAAAAUCUUUUUCAAUUUGCACCUCAUUGUACAUAUCCAUAAAGAUUCAGACACCUGCAAGCUAGAUGUGCGAAAAUGUGUCUUUUCUGUGCUAGUUUUUUUUUUCUUCAUAUCCUGAUUCUCCGCCUGUAAUCUCCGAAUCACAAGACUUUUAAGGAAAUCAUGAGCAUUUGGAAUGUAUGACACUAUUUAUUGAAGGAUGAUAGAAUUAUGUGAUCAUUGAAGCUUUUAGAGAUUGUCAUAAAAAGCAGUAAUUGAAGAUAUUAUGGUUUUAUUCUCUUGAUUUUCUUCUUGUUUAUUGUGCCAAAAAGCAAGAUAGACCAUAUGAAUGCAGGGAUACUUUAUUCAGUACACAAAUAUUUUGAAUUUGUGUUUUCUUGUUGAUGGAUAUUUUGUUUAGUGUUUAAGGGCCAUGCAGUGAUUGUAAAGCACACACUUUUGUGUAUUUGAAAUGAUGUUUUUUUUUGUCUUUAUGUCUAUGGGAAUACAUCACCAUAUUUAAUCAAGAACAUUUUUUUUAAAAAUGGGGUCUUAAAAGUGUUGUUCCUCAAAGUUCCUGCCCCGUGCUCAUAGUCUGCCUCCCUGUACCAAUGUGUUGCCCUCCACAUUGAGCAAUUACUUCUUGCAGUGAAGCUUUUUUUGUGCAUUCAUUAAAUAAUAGCGGGGUCACUUUAAAACUGGAAAUGGCGUAUACUCGUAUUGCGCUUUUCUACCUUCCUCGAAGACCCAAAGCUCUAUACAUCAAGGUCCCAUUUACCUAUUCACACACUGAUGGCGGCUGCUUUUAGGCUAAAUAGCUGCACAUUAGUGGUGCAUCCCAGUUCAUUUCUCUUUCUUUUUUUUGUAGUUCAAGUACACAACAAAAACUAUCUAAAAAUAAUAAAAUCAUUUUUUAAUAAAUCUGUUCAGUAGCAAGCAAAUUCAUUAGAUUCCAUUUGAUUUAAGUUUAUUUACUGAUUAUCUCUCAUUAUUUUUAAAGCACCAUUAUAAUAAGUAACAGGAUAAAACAUGCAAACCAAAAAUACUCAGUUUGACUUAGAUAGUACUGCAUUCAAAUUGUACUGCAGGAAUACUACAAAUUUGCAAAUCAACAUUGUUUUUUUAAUUAUUUUCUUAUUUCUCAUGUAUAACAAAAAUGUGUCAAAUAUACAACAACCAACUGUCCCUGAUUUCGAUUACCUUAAUGUUGAACUAUUUUUCAACUUUAAACAAUUUUAUAUUUUUUGCAUAUACGUAAGCUGUAAUUAACUCUUUUUAGUCUAUUGUGGCGAAGAUUUUUCAGAAGUAUAAAAAGUACCGGUAUUAUUGGCUGUAGUUUUAAUACUGUUUUAGGGAAAAAGACCAAAUAUAAGACCAGAAAUUUUAUGGAAUAUUACAUUUAAGCAUCAAUGAGGGCAAACCUAUAGAUAAGGUUGCACAUUUGCACAUGUUAAGGUAUUCAAUGAGCACAAGAGGAAUGGCUUUAAGGCUCUGAUCAACAAAAACUGUUCUUGAUUAUUUGUGGUACAGUAACUUUUAUUGAGGAAUGUUAAAAAUCUAAAGGGCCAAAAAAAUAAAAUAACAAGAAUUGCAUACAGCUAGUGUUAGUCACACAGUACAUGUGUGUUCUGCUUAACAGUCAAGUGAUUUCAGCUUUUUAAGACCCUUCUUUAGAAAGUGGUUUCUGUUUGAAGACCGCAGGACGUUCCUACUGAUCACUGCUUCAAGACCUGUGAGUCUGAGAGUCUAAAAAUGUAAUACUGUAAUACAAACAGGUUUGUUGUUUGCUUUAAAAAAAAAAGGAUUUUUCUGAAUCUUUUGGAAGUUGUGGAUGUUAAAAUUAAGUCUUUUUUAGGCAAAAAAAAUAUAUAAUGAGAGCAUUUGAAAAACGGUAAAGGUGUUUUGUUGGGAACUUUGAGCUCUGCUAAAAUCAAAGAUGAACCCAAGUUUGUUUAUACGCUAAUAAAACAAAUGUUAACUUCUUUUUUAUACUUUGAAAAAAAAUCCCACUGAUCACUUCAAUAUAAUGCAAGACAAUGUACAAUCAUAAAAUCAUGCUCCGAUGUGCGGCGUAUAUCUUCAAUCCAAAGAAUAGUGACCUAGAGAACGUGUAACUUAGUAUUUUUGUUACCUUUAUUUGCACAUUUACUCAAACAGAUUUAAAUUCAGGCUUCUAAUAUAUAACCUAAAAGCCACUUCCAAAAGUUUCAGACAGUCAUGCGUUGACUUCCUUUCUUUGUAUAAACAGGUGGAGAGUUAAUCAUGAUUAGAGCUGCCCGGUUCUUUCGACGUGUCACGUUUGAAACCUGCUUCAUAUCUGCAUCCUCUCUGUUAUCAUGGCACUUGAUUGUAUCAUAAGGCAUCAAGUAAGGCAUAAAUAUCAAACAUAGAACUUUACUUUCAUUUGUAAAAUGGAAAGACAAAAACAAAUGUGCAGUGAUUUUCUUCAUAUGUUUUUCUAUAAAUGAUCAAAGUCAUGAUGUAAGGCAGAAAAGGGCGUGUUGAUCCCUGUGCCUGCAUACGGGUAGAUGCUGGUCUUCAGGUUUUAUUGUCGUUGGAGCAAAUUAUCACGACAUGCAAUUUUCAAAGUGUGCAGUCUCAUUGCAUGAUGUUUUCAGUAAUACGUUAGAGGUGGGGGGAGUUUGUGACCAUCAAAAGGUUUUGGAAAAGUUAUUUAGGACAAGGGAGGUUUGUUGGUCGUCUUUUGGCUGUUUAAGGUCAAUGCAAAGGAUCAUGUAAAGAACAUUCAUGUGAGCUACUUUAUGACUCCUGUUUUGAACAUGUACUCUCCAUUGUAUGUUCUUUUCUUUUGUUAGUUCUUGCAUUUAUUAAAAUCAAGCAUGGUCUCAAC